AUGUCUAAUCUACGUCAUUUGAUGAAUUACGACGAUGUUGAUGAUAACAACAACAAUAACAAUACCACUAGCACUAGCUAUAAUGGAAUAAACAACCACAACACCCACAAAAAUGCAUUUAGUAUAAAUAACCUAAUCAAUGGACCAGUACCUUCUAACACUAUUCCUUCUGAACUCCCCAAGCUUGAAUACAAUUACGCUACUCCACAACAAAGCACAAUAUACGGUAGCAAUAGUGUCGGUAACCAAGAACAACUGGUGGACGCACAACCUACAACAGAUGAACAAGCCACGCCGACGACGACGACGACGACGACGACGACGACGGACCGUAUAUCUCAAGAGCAAAUACUAUCCAGUUUUGAAAGAAUCAAGACCCACUUCCCCGCAGCUAGGAUUAAAAAAAUUAUGCAAAGUGACGAGGAAAUAGGUAAAGUUGCCCAGGCAACUCCAAUAAUUGUCGGAAGAGCAUUGGAAAUUUUUAUGGCCAAUUUGGUUGAGGUGUCAGUAUUGCAGGCAAAAAAGCAAGGGGUAAAGAGAAUCACUGCGUCUCAUGUUAAAUCAGCAAUUGAGAAUACUGAGCAAUUUGAUUUCUUGGUUGAUGCUGUUGAAAAGUAUCCAUCGUUGAAGAACUAG